AUAAAUCACCUCAUCAACUUCGCACCUUAAAACUCAUUAUUAGUUCUCUAUCUGUUUUAUCAUGUCGGCAGAACCUCAAUCACUAUUGCAACCACCAAGAUAUGGAAACCUAAUCACAAUUCUUAGUAUCGAUGGAGGUGGAGUACGAGGCAUCAUUCCAAGUGUCAUCCUUGAAUUUUUGGAAACUGAACUACAGAAAUUAGACGGUAAGAAUGCACGACUGGCAGAUUAUUUUGAUGUGAUAGCCGGGACAAGCACUGGUGGUCUGGUGACGACUAUGUUAGCUACUCCCGGUGUAGAUAAUCGACCGAUUUUUGCAGCUAAGGAUAUUAAAGAUUUUUAUCUUCAACAUUGUCCUAAAAUCUUUCCACCACGUGAUAUAAGGAGACACCGUCGGCUCGGUGCUGUUAAAAAAGCGAUCAAAGCUCUACGGGGACCAAAAUAUGAUGGUGAACACCUACAUAAAGUUAUUCGAGAAACACUAAAAGAAAAACAACUUCACGAAACAUUAACAAAUGUCGUGAUUCCAACGUUUGACAUAAAAUGUUUGCAGCCUAUGAUCUUCUCAAGCUUCCAGAUAAAGAAGAACCCAAAUCUUGAUGCUAAGUUAUCCGAUAUAUGCAUUGGAACAUCAACUGCCCCAAUUUAUCUUCCUCCAUAUUCGUUCAAAACAAAAGAUUCUAAAGAAAAAUUACUUAAAGAAUUCAAUCUUAUCGAUGGUGGAAUAGCAGCCAACAAUCCGACUUUGGUUGCCAUAAGCGAAGUAACAAAUGAAAUAACUAGAGGCAAUUCAAACUUUUACCCAAUAAAUGCAACAGAAUAUGGACGAUUUCUAGUAUUGUCAUUGGGCACUGGGUCACAACAAGUUCAAGCAAAGUAUGAUGCUACUGAGUCAUCAAGAUGGGGGGUUUGGAGGUGGCUGACCAGUGGUGACUCAACCCCAUUGGUGGAGGUAUUUACUCAGGCGAGUGACGAUAUGGUUGACUAUCAUAUCUAUAGUGUCUUUCAAGCCCUUCAUUCACAAGAAAAUUAUAUUCGUAUUCAGGAUGACACUUUAAGCGGGGACUUAAUUUCUUUGGAUUUGGCAGCACAAGAAAACUUAGAAAAUCUUGUGAAAGUGGGACAAGAGUUGUUGAAAAAACAAGUGACGAGAGUGAACUUGGACACGGGCAAACAUGAGCCUUACCAUCCUUACACCACCAACGAGAUGGCUUUAAUAAAGUUUGCGAAAGUACUCCACCAGGAGAAGAAUGGUAUCGAGAUGGUGAACAACACUGAUCGAAUCACGCGGUUGGAGACGAACUUGGCUAUACUCCGCCAGGAUUUGAAAGACGAUCGGGAGGCUAAUUCACAGCGGUUCCACCAGGUGAUGAAAUCUAUCACUGACUUGUCAGUUAAGUUAGGAAGCUUGGACAGCAAAGAAGAGGAAAAGAAGGAAGAUUCCAAGGGAUUCCAAUGGGGAACAUUAGAGGGCUCUGAUAAUAAAAUCAAUGCAUUGAAAGAAGAGAAGGGAAAGAGAAAGGAAGAAGAAAAAGAAAACAAUGGCAAAUAUGGCAGUAAUUUCAAACAGGUUGACUUCCAGAAGAUCGAGAUGCCCACAUUCGAUGGGGAAGACUCCCAUGGUUGGAUCUACCGGGUGGAACGCUACUAUGAGAUCCAAGGUAUUAAAAGCACGACACAACUCAAGACAACCUCCUUAUGCAUGAAGGGAGUGACACUAGCUUUGUAUAGAUCGAAUGAAAUUCGAAUACCUUUCUAG